AAAAGAGUUGGCAGUUUACGCAAUAUUUUGCAAAUUUUCUUUAGCAGAUUGGCAGUCGCAGCCAACUUUGUGUUUUACCAGGGCUACUUCAUCACAUUGAAUUAUUGUGGUCUUCGUCUUGCACAGCAGUAACCAAAUCACAACCAUGGCCGACAAAGUUGUUGAGAAGGCUCCCGGACGCCCCAUGAAGUAUCCCUAUACUUUUUCGGCUAAGCUGGCCCAAUUCCCAAUCAAGCAUUACAUUAAGAACCAAUGGAUCUGGCGCUACUAUUUCAUUGCAGUGGUUGCCUGCGUUCCCGUUUUCUACAAGAUCAGCAAGCUGGCAAAUUCACCCGAAAACAAGAAGGCUUGGGCUGAGAGUCAAGCUAAGGAGCAUGCUGAGCACCAUUAAUAAUCUGAUAAGCGGCGCUGCCUAUAUGAUUUAGUUGUUAAUAUUUGAAUCAACAUUUCAGAAUCGCUUUAUGUGGUUAUAACAUGAAUAUUAAAAUCGGUGAAUAAAUGAUUGAAAACGGA